UGGCUUUCCCCGGAGGGGGGAAGCCGGCUCGGGGGCUCACCGGAAGUGCGGCAUUCCGCGCGGAGGUGGAAGUGGUUCCCAGCGCACACCGGAAGUGCGGGGCAGACGGCAUUAGGGGGUGCACGCGCAGAGUGGGGAGGGCGUUGGGGAGCGCGCACUAGGCGCGGGGCACCAGCGUGUGUUGUGGGGAAACGCACGUCACCAUUACACCGCCCCCCCGACCCGACGUGACCCCUCGGGAGCCAGUUUGGAGCGGGGACAUUUCAUGAGACCCCCCCGCCCUUGACAGGAAGUAGCUAUGGAUGGGGGGUGCGUUUCAUAGAUGAACCUCCCCCUAAACCGGAAGUACCCCCGGAAUAGCGGGGGGGCUUGUUUGGGGAGGCAGGGGGAAAGCUUUGCUGGCGGCACCUCCCCCGGCCGGAAGUGGCCCCCCCUCGGCGGGGCGGGGGGAAGCCUUUGGCCACCGCACACUUCCUGUUUCCUAGCAACAAAAGGGAAGUGCUGGAAGAGCCCCCCCCCCCACCCCCGGGCUCCCCACCCCCACCGCCGGCCGGGGGGGCCGCGAGCCGGGCAGCAAGGGGUUAACUGCCCCCCCAGCGCGGACCUCGGGUUCGGGGGGGGACAGCAUUUGGGCCCCCCCCCCCCCCCGGCAGGAGCGCACGCGCCCAGGCCCGGCCCGCCGUGCUGGAGGCCCUGCCCCCCCGGCGCCUCGCCCCGAUGUGAGCCAUGGAGGCGCCGGGCCCCGCCCCCCGGGACGAGCGGCGCUACCGGUGCCGGCAGUGCCCGCGCGCCUACCGCCACGCCGGCAGCCUGGCCAACCACCGCCGCACCCACGAGCUGGGCGUCUUCCCCUGCCGCCGCUGCCCCAAGGAGUUCUCCAACCCCAUGGCCCUCAAGAACCACCUGCGCCUCCACACCGACGGGCCCAGCCGGCGCCGCCACCCCUGCCCGGACUGCGGCCGCGUCUUCCGCGCCGCCACCCAGCUGAGCGCCCACUGCCGCGCCGCCCACCCCGGGCACGAGGGCUCGGGGGACCCGCGUGGCGGUGACGAGACACACCAAGCGGGCUGCCAGCCCGCCCAAGACGGCUGCCGUGCGGGCCGAGACCCUUUCCAGAAAGGCCAGGAUGGCUGCCGGCCAGGCCCCGGUGGCUGCCAGCAAAUCCAGGAUGGCGGGCAGCUAACGCGCGAGGGCUUUGGUUGCCUGCAAAAUGGCGGCCGGCGAGGCCGAGAUGGCUGCCCGCCAAUCCAUGAUGGCGGCUUGCGUGACCAAGAUGGCUGUCCGCCCAGCCCAGACGGGUUCCCAUCAAGCCUAGAUGGCUGCCAGGGGGGUCAAGACGGCCACCAAGUGGGCCCGGCUGCCGCUGCUGCUGCCGCCACAUUCUUCCCUCCCCUCCCCGGCGGCGCUGGGACCCUCCUGAGCAACCUGGAGCAGUACCUGGCCGAGUCGGUGGUGCCGGCCGACUUCUCCCAGCUGGGCCCCGCCCCCAAGAUGGCGGCGGGGGCAGAGCCAGUGGAGCGCCGCUACCGCUGCGACCAGUGCGGCAAGGCCUACAAGCACGCCGGCAGCCUGACCAAUCACCGCCAGAGCCACACGCUGGGUGUGUACCCCUGUGCCGUCUGCUUCAAGGAGUUUGCCAACCUCAUGGCUGUCAAGAACCAUGCCCGCCUCCAUGCUGGGCACCGCCCCCACAGCUUCCCAUUGGCUAUUGAGCCCCCCCGGGAGAGGCCGCAGCGAGCCGCCUCAUUGCCCUCGCGCUGCCCACCCUCAGAUGAAUGCGUCAAAGCCGAGAAACAUCCGGAAGUGGCAGGGGAAACUGAGGCACGGCCCUACUGCUGCGGCGACUGUGGGCGCACGUACCGGCAUGCCGGCAGCCUAGUGAACCACCGCCAGAGCCACCAGACGGGCAUCUAUGCCUGCGGCGUGUGUGCCAAGCGCCUCUACAACAUGGCAGCCCUCAAGAACCACCUCCGCGUCCACUUGAAGGGCGAGGCGGGCAGCGAGGCAGACAGUGACCCUGUGGCGACCUCACCACGGCCCUAUCGGUGCGGGGAGUGCGGGCGCACCUACCGGCACCGUGGCAGCCUGGUGAACCACCGCCACACCCACCGCACGGGCGUAUACCGCUGCUCGCUGUGCCCCAAGGAGUACUCCAACCUCAUGGCGCUGCGCACGCACGUCCGUGUGCAUGGGCGCCGUCAUGGCGAGGGUGAGGAGGAGCAGGAAGAGAAGACCCGGCGGUGCCCGCCUGGCACCAGUGCCGCACAGCCCCACAUCUGCGGGGCCUGUGGGGACAUAUUCGGGAGCCUGGGGGAGCUGCGGAGCCAUGCACGGAGCCACGGCGGGCCGGAGGGGCGGGCCUUCGCGUGCGAAGUGUGCGGGCGGCGCUACCGCCAUGCGGCCAGCCUCGUCAACCAUCGCCGGUGCCACCAGACAGGUGACUUCGCCUGCCCACUCUGUGCCAAGGCCUUGGCUAACAUGGCUGCCCUCAAGAGCCACCUGCGGGGGCACCAGCGGAGGAGCCGCCGGGCGGCACCAGGGACAGAUGGUACGGUCAAUGAGGUCACCGUGCAGGAUGUCUCUGGCAACGAGGCCACGCCGGGCGACAUCUCGGAGGUCACCUUGGAGGAUGUCUCCACCGACGAGGCCGCGCCAGGCGACGUCUCUGUCGAUGAGGUCACCUUGGAGGAUGUGUCUGCCGACGAGGUUGCGCCGGGCAACGUCUCGGUGGACGAGGUUACGCUGGGGGACAACAUCUCUGCUGAUGAGGUCACGCCGGGAGACGUCCCUGUCGAUGAGGUACCACUGGGGGAAGACGUGUCUGCCACUGAGGUCGCACCAGGAGGCACCCCCAGUGAGGUCACACAGGGCGGCAUCCCGUUGGGCGACGUCUCGGUUGACCGGGUUGCGCUGGGGGAUGUCUCCAUUGAUGACAUCACGUCAGGAAACGUAUCCGAUGCCCAUUAUAGCAAUGCAGUAAACGGGUGGCCGUGCCCCAAGGAGGAGGAUGUCGAGGAUGACGAUGAAGGGGGUGGGGCUUCCUCCCCAACCGAGCGCCCGCCCCUGGCACCGGGCAUCUACCAAUGCUCUUUGUGCCCCAAGGAGUUCCCGGACCUGCCAGCACUGCGGUGCCACUUUGGCGCCCACGGACGAGCACGGCCAGCAACCGAACGGCCCUACCUGUGCAGCCUCUGUGGCCUCAUAUUCCCCGGCGAGGACGACCUCCGCACCCACCACGGCCUGGCCCACGAGGCGCCAGCGCCGGCUUCACCUGCCUACCCAGAGCCGGACGGGCGUGGGGAGGACGAGUCGCCGCUGCUCUCGCACAUCUGUGGCUACUGCGGGCAGACAUUCGACGACAUGGGCAGCCUGGAGGAGCAUAGCGCCGGGCACCGUGAGGAGAAGGAGGCGGCCCUUGCUGACACAUCGCGGGCCCUGCCGCCGGUGCCGCCGGGCGUGGAGCCGCGACCUUAUUCCUGUGGGCAGUGCGGGAAGACCUACCGGCACGGUGGCAGCCUGGUGAACCACCGCAAGACCCACCAGGUGGGCCACUUCCCCUGCAGUGUCUGCACCCGCCACUACCCCAACCUCUCAGCCUACCGCAACCAUCUCCGCAACCACCCCCGCUGCAAGGCAGGGCAGCCCUCGCCAGUGCCCCUCCGGCCCGGCAAGGCCGGGCAGACAUCUGCUGGCCACCGCCGGCCAUCCCGGGAGGACAGGAGGACGCCAGAGGUACCCAUUGGGCCCCUUAAUUGGCACAAUGAAGCCAAGACAAAACUAGAGGCACCUGAUCAGCCCCCUGGUAGUGACCAUCGGCCACCGCAAGAGGACACCAAGAGGCCACUGGACGGGCAUCCUAGUGGCAACUCCUGGCCACGGCAAGAGGGAGAGAAGAAACCGGAUGCCUGCGAUGGGCCUCCGAGUGGCCACCACUGGCCACUGCAAGAGGAAGCCAAGAGGCCACCAGAGACACAAGACGAGCCCCCUACUGGCACCCAUUGGCCACUGCAAGAGGAAGCCAAGUGGGCACAUGAUGGGCCCCCUAGUGACACCUGUUGGCCACCGCAAGAGGAAGUCAAGAGCGAGAUGGGGGAUGGGUCCCCCGCCAGUUGCCCCCGGGUAGAAGAGGGUGGGGCAGAGCGGCCCUUCCGCUGUGAGCUGUGCGGGCGCAGCUACCGCCACGCCGGCAGCCUCAUCAACCACCGGCAGACGCACAAGACGGGCCUGUUCCGGUGCGGCGUUUGCCACAAGGCCUUCUACAACCUCAUGGCGCUCAAGAACCACCAUCGCAUCCACUUCGAGGCCCGGCGCCACCGGUGCCAGCACUGCCCCAAGGCCUUCCGCCUCCGCAAGCAGCUUCUCAGCCACCAGCGUGGGCACCGCAAGCCGACGCCCACCCGACGGGCACCCGGGGGCCCCCGGCGCCUCCCCCCGGACCCUGAGGCACGACCCUACGGGUGCGAGGAGUGCGGGCGGACCUACCGGCAUGCCGGCAGCCUGCUCAACCACCGCCGGAGCCACGCCACAGGGCACUAUGCCUGUGGGGCCUGCCCGCGCACCUAUGCCAACCUCCUGGCCCUCAAGAACCACGAGAGGGUCCACAGCCGGGCCUUCAAGGGGCGGCGGCACCCGCCGGCCCAUGCCCGGCGUAGGCCACGGGCAGGCAGCGGCCAUCUUGGGGGCUCUUUGGAUGGCCUUGUUGGGGGUGACCAUCUCGGAAGCCCUCCGGGCAACCAUGUGGCCUUGGACGAGGGUGGCGGCCAUUUUGGACAGCCUGUAGGCGACCCAGGGACAGCAGCGGCCACCUCAGAAGUCCCCCGGGCAACAGCGAGGACUGCAUUGGUGGCGGCCAUCUUGGCAACCACAUCGGAAGGCCUUCGGACAAUCAUGUGGGUGGCAACUAUCUUGCAAGCCCCUCAGCAAACCAUGUGGGGGGGUCUUCAGAGGACUGUGUUGGCGGUGGGCUUUUUGGGACUCCCUCUGGCCACCAUGUCAGUGGCUCCUCAGCCGGCCAAAUGGGUGGCCAUCUUGGGACUCCUUCCAGCGCCUGGAGUGGCCAGUCUCCAGGUAACCACGUUGAUGGCGGCCCUCUUGGAACUCCCUUCAGGUCCUCAGAGAGUCAUAUGGGUGGCAUUGGCCAUCUUGGAACACCUCCAGACAACCCGAUCAGCGGCACCCAUCUUGGAAACUCCCCCGGAGGCCAUCUUGAGGCCCCAACACCUGUCCCCGGUGCCUUCCAGUGCCCCGUCUGCCCCAAGUGCUUCCCCACGCGGGCGUCCCUGAAGAACCACGGGCGGGUCCACACCAAGAAGCGGUUCGAGUGCUCGCAGUGCGGCAAGGCCUACCGGGCCUCCCGGGACUUGGUCCAGCACCUGUGGCGCCACCAGGCUGAGGCCGAAGCCGCCGCUGCCGCCUCCUCGUCGUCGUCCUCCUCCUCCUCGUCCCACAACGGGCCAGGCCCCGACCGCAGGCCCUACCAGUGCGACCGCUGCGAGAGGACCUACCGCCACGCCGGCAGCCUCCUGCACCACAAGAAAGUGCACACCACGGGGCGCUACCCCUGCCCGACCUGCCCCAAGGAGUUCCGGAACCUUCUCUCCCUCACCUACCACCUCCGCACCCACACGGACCAGAAGCGGCACCGGUGCCCGCGGUGCGGCGCAGCCUUCCGGACUGCUGGGCGCCUGGCUGCCCACUCCAAGACGCACGCUGCUGACAGCGGGAGCUGAUGCCCUCCGGCAGCCAUUUUGUGUCACAAGGGGGGAUGGGCGGGGGGGAGGGUCUUCACCCAUUUCCAACCUACCCCACCUGGUUUCCUCAAGGGGGGACUUCGAUUUCCUCAGGUCCCGCUAACGAACGUCUUAACGAGCCCCCCCGACCUCGCAGAGUUAUGGACUCUACUGGAAGAGCAUGCAGUCAACGUUGGUCAACCUCAACCCAGCCAACGUUGGGUUGUUUCUUUCCCUGAUUGGCCAGCGCGAGAGAUGUCAGUGCCGUUUUAUUCGGCUUCACCUUUUGUAGCGGAUUAAUUAUUCGGGGGGAGGUGGGGGGGAAGGGGGCAUAAAAUUAAUUAUUCCCAUUGGGGGGUUUUGAUCCAAAUCCAAGCUCUCUUGUGUCUCCCUGAAUUAUUGUACGUGUCUGUUUUGGGAUGGGAAGCAGGAAGGUUUUUAACGCCCGUGGGCCUGGGGGGAUACCUGGCCCCCCUCCAAUUCGAGAAAUCCCCCAUCCCCUGCCAAUUAGGGGGGAGAGAAGCAAGCCCCAAACGAGUGGUUGGAAAUGGGGGGGUUCGGAGUUGGGGGGUCCUGUCUCCUGGCUUUGUUUCUAUCCCCCAAUACGCUGGAACAGGGGUAUGGGGGGGAUCUUCAUAGAAAAUAGGGAUUUGGAUGAGGAGACCAGGGAGGUUUUGAUGGAGAAAAAAUUGAGAUCUUGAUGGGAAAAAGUGAGAUUUGGAUUGGAAGACCAGGGGAGUUUGCUAAAUAAAUGGGGAUUUUGCUGGAAAACCCGGGAUUUGGAUGGGCAAACCAGGGGCUUGUGCUGGGAAGGGGCUGCGACGAGGUCCGAUGAAGCCAAUCAAAAAGCGGUGACUUUUUAAAACAAAAACAAUAAAAUCUGUCGGGUUUUUUUUUUUUUUUGGCUUUUCCAUUAAACACCGGUUCCUUUCCGGA